AUGGGGUUCCGAAAUGUCUUUCGUCGUCAGACGACUGAGGAUACACUCACUCACGUUGAUGUGACCCCCGCCGAAGACAGCAAGCGUGAUAUCCCUGCUGAUGCUGUUGCUGCUGAGAACAAUGGUGCUGUCGAUGCAGACCAGCCGGUGCAGACUCCGGAAGAGGAGCUUCACCGUGGUGUUCACGAUAUGGAAGCCAUGACAAGUACCUGGUCGAAGGGAGCCCUGAUUGCAGUAUUUCUGAAUAUCUGGCUACUAUACUUCACCAAUGCGUUCCAAAGCUCUAUCCUCUACAGUCUGAUUCCUUACCUGACCAGUCAGUGGGAGUCUCACUCGCUGUUGAACACAAUCUACAUUGUCGCCGAUGCAAUCACAGCCGCCUGUUAUGUUCCCCUGGGAAGAAUGAUGGAUGUGUGGGGUCGUGCGGAGGGCUUCCUGUUCAUGACCAUUUGCGCUACAGUGGGCUUGAUCAUGAUGGCAGCGUGCAAUAACCUUGCUACUUUCUGUGCUGCAUAUGUUUUCUAUUCGCUCGGAUUCGGUGGCAUGACGUAUUGUGUUGAUGUUAUCACUGCCGAUGCGUCCAUGCUGAAGAGUCGAGGUCUUGCUUAUGCCUUCACAUCUUCCCCAUAUAUUAUUACGGCAUUCGCCGGCUCGAAGGCAGCUGAUGAUGCCCUGGGAGAUAACGGAAUCGGUCUGCGUUGGCCUUUCGGUAUCUUCGCCAUCAUCUUCCCUCUAGUUGCCACCCCUCUUUACUGCGUUUUGAAGUACAAUAUUCAAAAGGCUGUGAAGGCGGGCCAUGUGGUCAAGACAAGGAGUGGACGAACAAUCUUCCAGAGUAUAUGGUUCUAUAUCGUUGAGUUCGAUGCCAUGGGCGUUCUUCUCUUCUCUGUCGGCCUCGUCCUGUUCUUCCUUCCAUUCGACAUUGCUGGUAGCGCUCCAAGCAGCUGGGAUACCCCGUACAUCAUUGCCAUGCUUGUGGUCGGCUUCGUUUUGCUCUUCGUCUUCAUCAUUUGGGAGACAUGGAUCACUCCCAAGCCUCUCCUCCAGUAUGGAUUCCUGUACAACAGAACCGUUAUCGGUGCCUGCCUGCUCGAUGCGACGUAUCAGCUUUCCUACUACUGUUGGGAUAACUACUUUAGCUCGUUCCUACAGGUGGUCAACGAUCUGAGCGUAGCCGAAGCAGGAUAUGUCGGCAACACCUUUGACGUUGUGUCUGGAGUCUUGCUAUUGAUUGUCGGUGUUGCUAUCCGAAAGACCGGGCGUUUCAAGUGGCUUCUGUGGAUUUCAGUGCCUCUUUACAUCUUUGCCCAGGGUUUGAUGAUUUACUUCCGUCGCCCGAACCAGUCUGUUGGCUACCUUGUCAUGUGCCAGGUCUUCAUCUCUAUUGGCGGUAGUGUUUUCAUUAUCGUUGAGCAGCUUGCCAUUUUGUCCGCGGUUGACCAUCAACACGUUGCUGCAGUUCUUGCUCUCCUCAACGUCGUUGGCACUGUCGGUGAUGCGAUGGGAGCGACCAUCUCCAGUGCAAUUUGGCAGAACACUUAUCCGAACGCGCUGAAGAUGUACCUCCCAGAAUCAGCUAUGGAUAACUUUGAGAUGAUUUACGAAGACAUUGAUACUCAGUUGAGCUACGCUGUUGGGACUCCAACCAGACUCGCAAUCCAGCAUGCCUACGGUUAUGCUCAGACAAGAAUGCUUGCUGUUGGAACUGGUAUCAUGGUUCUGGCCUUUUUCUGGACUAUGAUGAUCAAAAAUAUUGACCUAAAGAAGGUUCCCCAGGUCAAGGGUAUGGUCUUCUAA